GUUGGGUCACGAUGCUCAUCGCAUGUACGCUGGGCAUUUUGACCAAUCUGGCGUGUCUUGUUUUAGCAUCUGCUGUCCCGAGAUAUUCCGAACAAGACUCCUAUAAAAAUUCCUUCGGGCAACAGAAAGGACAGUCAAAGCCAACUUGGCUUGAAGACUAUGAGUAUGUGAUUAUUGGCUCAGGACCUGGGGGUGGACCUCUGGCUGCAAGACUUGCCAUCGCCGGUUUCAAGGUGCUUUUGAUUGAUGCGGGAGAUGAUCAGGGCUCAAGUUACCAAGAACAAGUUCCAGCGUUGCAGUUGCAGUCUACAGAGUACGGACCGAUGAAAUGGGACUACUUCGUCAGCCACUAUACAGAUCAAGCUCGACAAGAAAAGGAUUCUAAGAUGACAUGGAAGACACCUUCAGGAAGUCUCUUUGUCGGAACAUCAGCACCGCCUGGUUCAACCCCACUUGGAAUUCUUUACCCUCGAUCUGGAACCCUUGGUGGUUGCUCGGCUCACAACGCCUUGAUUACUAUAUAUCCUCACGAGAGCGACUGGGAAAACAUAAUGACCGUGACAGGGGACACUUCCUGGGCACCUGCGAACAUGAGAAAGUAUUUCCAAAGAUUGGAGCGCAAUGGAUACCUCCCCAGCAGUAUUGUUGGGCACGGUUACAGCGGCUGGCUUGGGACAUCAUUGACAUCCCUUGCCUUGGUAAUUGAAGACCAGAAACUCCUGUCACUCGUUGUCUCGGCUGCAACAGCUAUGGGAAAGGGACUUCUUGGACUUCUGGUAGAAACUGUUGUUGGGUUGGGGCAAGUGUUACUCCGCGACAUCAAUGCUCCAGGGCAGCCAGAGAAAGAAGGCCUAUACCAAGUUCCACUAGCAAUGUGGAACUCGACUCGCAAUGGCCCUCGAAAUUUCGUCCUGGAUACCGCAAAUGCUGUCAAUACCGAUGGGUUAAGGAAAUACAAGCUUGAUGUUCGCCUCAACACGCUAGUGACAAACUUAAGGUUCGUUCAAAACGGCACAACUCCGAAAGUUGCUGGUGUCGACUUUUUGGAGGGCGUAAGUCUGUAUCGGGCAGACCUUCGAUCUGGGUCAGCAUCACCUACCGGUUCUGGGAGCGUCAACGCGACACGAGAGGUCAUUAUUUCAGCGGGCGCUUUCAACACGCCUCAACUUCUGAAGUUGAGCGGGAUUGGUCCGGCACAAGAGCUGAGGAAAUUCAACAUUCCCGUAGUGGUCGACCUCCCGGGAGUAGGCACGAAUUUGCAGGACAGAUACGAAACGACAGUUGUCGGCAAAACCCAAACAGAUUUUGUCAUCACUUCAAAAUGUACCUUCUUACGCACGAUGCCCGACCCUUGUCUCACACAAUGGAUACAUGGAAUCGAUCAAAUUACCAAGGGAACGUACGCUACCAACGGAGUUGCCAUUGCCGUUGUCAAAAAGUCGUCAGUCGCAGAUGGUGACCCUGAUCUUCUCAUCUCAGGCGCACCAGCAUACUUCUCCGGCUAUUACCCAGGAUACUCAAAUAUUGCGCUGAAAGAUGCUCGGCACUGGGCAUGGAUCACGCUCAAAGCCCACAGUCGCAACAGUGCCGGCACAGUACAACUACGAUCUGCCGACCCACGGGACACACCAAUCAUCCACUUCAACUCGUUCGACACAGGAGUGACCACAGGUGGCGCUGACGAGAAGGAUUUGCAAGCAGUAUAUGAAGCUAUGGAGUACUCGCGUCAAGCUUUCAGGGACCUUAUUCCACUAGACGGAUCGUUUACUGAAGUUUGGCCGGGACCAAAUGUGACGACUGAGGCUGAAAUGAAGACGUUCAUCAAAGAUGAAGCUUGGGGUCACCAUGCGAGUUGCACAUGUCCAAUUGGGGCAGAUGGUGACCCAAUGGCCGUUUUGGACUCAAGGUUCAGGGUCAGAGGAGUGCAGAGUCUGAGGGUUGUUGAUGCCAGCGUGUUUCCGAAGAUUCCUGGAUUUUACAUUGCAUUGCCUAUCUAUAUGAUCAGUGAGAAGGCUGCAGAUGUCAUCAUACAGGAUGCAGCGUGA